CAUGCUUUUAAAUCCUUCCUUGUCUUAUUUGAAUCGUUCACUUAUGAUCUAUAAAAAGUAGAACUGCGAUGCUCUGGUCUGAAUCCCACAGACUUCUCGUCCACCCUGUUCUGAGGCGCAUUUUAGAACAACUCUUAUUUCUGACGGGGGGCGUUCCUCUUCACCCCGAUCGCCUUUUUUGUAGUUUGAUAGCAGCAAUCUGUCAACGACUUGUCUGUCCAACAUGUAGGAGCCAGAGUCUGACCCAGAGCAGGAGAAACAAGACAGCAAACCUGCAAAAGGAAAUUUUAUUGUGACACAAUCAGAAAUCUUCGCCUUCUGCUUUCCACCCAGGAGCUGUUACAACAAAGUUUCAGAAUCUGACCACAGGGUGGCGCAAUCAGUUCACGGUUUAACUGUCAGGUGUCCUAAGUUCAAACAAUUUUGCGAGAGAUGCAGAGAGCAGUCCUCCGCGGGGAUCCAAAGAAGCAAACAUUUCACCUGAAUCAUUUGGGUGCCAUCAUGCAGGAUCACAGGAAUGGUAUGAAGCUAUUUCCACCACCAGUCAGCAACCACAGGAUCAUCUCAGAAUUCCCUCAAUGCUACACUCCAGAGGCCUCCUUCCAGCUGAAGACAGACUGGGACAUUCAGACUAAAGCAGCCUUUAAAGACCAAGCUGCCAGGCUGCAGCCAUGGGAUCGCCAGAAAAUGUCUAAAGUGGUAGUUGUUGGAGACCUCAAUGUCGGAAAGACCAGCCUCAUUAAAAGAUUUUGUAAAGAUGUCUUUGAAAGCGACUACAAGGCCACAAUAGGAGUGGAUUUUGAGAUUGAGAGGUUUCAGAUAUUGGGAGUACCUUUCUCCCUUCAAAUCUGGGACACAGCAGGGCAGGAAAAAUUCAAAUGCAUUGCAUCUACAUAUUAUAGAGGUGCUCAAGUGAUUGUCACAGUGUUUAACAUGGCAGAUAUUCAAUCCUUGAAUCAUGCACGUCAGUGGUUGGAGGAAGCCAUGAGAGAAAAUGAUCCAAAUUCUUGUUUCAUCUUCCUGGUUGGCACCAAGACUGACCUUCUGCCCUCAGAUGAAAGGGAGAGAACUGAAAAAGAUGCUGUCCAUAUUGCAGCAGAGAUACAUGCAGAGUUCUGGACACUUUCAGCCAAAACAGGGGAAAACGUGCAGGCAUUUUUCUUUAGGGUGGCUGGUUUGGCUUUUGAAAACUGUAUAGUGAAGGACAUGGAGAAAGGUGUUCCAGCUAGUAUUGGCUGUGGGAAUGUUAUCAAAUCGGAUCGUAUCACUCUCGCAGAGGGCACAUAUCCCGAGAAGAACAUCAUUGGACACACUGUCACCGGGACCCCACUUUGGAGCCAGGCCUGCAGGUGGAGCACACUGGCAAGCCCCUGGUGGCCGGGCCUUAAAGCAGGGACCUCAGCCAGGGACAGCUCGAAGAGGAAACAUGGGCCCUCCUUCCCAUCACCACCUGUGGGAGGGGCCAAAAGGGUCAGAUGCAGUGUGGGAUGGGUGAUGGCCAAGGGUGGGAAUUUUGGUGGAAGUGGAUGGAUGGAUGGACAUAAAUUAAAACAUGGGUACAAAUUCUAAGCAAUGUAGCUGUUUCUUAUAAACAAGGGUUCCAGUAUUGUUCCUCCUGAACAAGCCCCUGACUGAAGACUCUUAGAGUAAUGCUCAGGGUUCUCAAUUAUUGUUUUUGUUUAAUGACAUUCAUUUUUGCAUACUGAGCUCCUGAUCAAGUCUUUUUUAGCCUGUUCAGCGUUUUAAAUCAU